AGGAAGCGGGGCUGAGGCGGCGCCAUGGAGCAGUGCCCGGCCCGGGGCUGGGCCCGGGGCUGCCGACAAACUUUGUUUCUGUCCCGGAGCGGAGCGGCGAUGGCGAUGGCGAGGGACUGAGUGAAGGUUCCCGUGUGGGUGACUCGCUCUCAGCUCAGCAUCAUGGCGCUGGGCAGGCGGCGCCGGGCCAAGACUGUACUGUUGUUGCUUUGCGGGAUGGCGGCUCUGGGCUUCCUGCUGUUCCCCAGAAAGGCUGAGAGCCAGAAGGGGAAGGAGGAGAGUGGGCGCCGGGGGGCGGCUGACAGCCCGCAGUCUGGGGGUCGGGAGCAGGAGCUGCUCAAGAGGCCGGUGUAUGAGAAGCCUCCCCUGGAUGUGAAGGCGCUGGGAGAGCUGGGCAGAGCCGUGCACCUGCACCUGGGAGGCGAGGAGAGGGUGAAGGAGGAGGAAAGUAUCAGCAAACAUCAAAUUAAUACUUAUCUCAGCGACAAAAUCUCCCUCCGCCGCCGAUUGCCGGAGAGGUGGAAUCCACUGUGCAAAGAGAAGACAUAUGAUUAUAACAACCUUCCAACCACUUCAGUGGUAAUAGCAUUUUAUAAUGAGGCCUGGUCAACACUUCUACGCACAAUUCACAGUGUUCUCGACACUUCACCUGAUAUUCUGCUGAAGGAGAUCAUUGUAGUGGAUGAUUACAGUGAUCGAGAACACCUAAAACAACGUUUAGAAGACUACAUUGCUUCUCUUCGCAAAGUACGUCUGAUUCGUGCGGGAAAGAGAGAAGGUUUGGUUCGUGCACGAUUGCUGGGUGCAUCUAUAGCAACAGGUGAUGUCUUGACAUUCUUGGAUUGUCACUGUGAAUGCCACAUAGGCUGGCUGGAGCCACUGUUGGAAAGAAUCCAUGAGGAGGAAAGUGCUGUUGUGUGUCCUGUGAUUGACGUCAUUGAUUGGAAUACCUUUGAGUACCUGGGAAAUGCUGGAGAGCCUCAGAUUGGCGGCUUUGACUGGAAUCUGGUGUUUACCUGGCAUGUAGUCCCUGAGCAUGAGCGAAAACGUAGGCGAUCUCCAAUUGAUGCUAUUAGGUCACCCACCAUGGCCGGAGGGUUGUUUGCUGUCAGCAAAAAGUACUUUGAAUAUCUGGGGACAUAUGACACUGGAAUGGAGGUGUGGGGAGGCGAGAACCUAGAAUUCUCCUUCAGGAUUUGGCAGUGUGGGGGAAUCUUGGAGGUACUUCCAUGUUCUCAUGUAGGCCACGUCUUUCCCAAACAAGCUCCUUAUUCCAGGAGCAAAGCCCCAGCUAACCGCGUUCGUGCUGUAAUGGUUUGGAUGGAUGAAUAUAAGGAACUGUACUUUAACAGGAAUCCACGUGCUCGAUUGGUACCUUAUGGCGACGUGACAGAUCGAAAGAAAUUACGAGAGAAGCUGCGGUGUAAAAGCUUCAAGUGGUUCUUAGAGAAUGUUUACCCAGAUAUCCAUGUGCCUGAGGAUCGACCAGGAUUCUUUGGAAUGAUGAAGAGCAGGGGGAUGGAGAACUACUGUUUUGAUUACAAGCCACAAAGUAAACGAAAUGUGACUGGAAAUAAAGUCAUUUUGUUUAAAUGUCAUGGUAUGGGCCAAAAUCAGUUCUUUGAAUUCUCUUCACAAAAUGAAAUCCGUUAUAAUACUCGCCAGCCUGAGGCCUGUGCUGCAGUGGAUGUCGGCACCGAUUUCCUAACAAUGUACCUCUGCCGAAAGGAUAAUCAGCCUGUGCCUGAGAAUCAGAAAUUCAUUUUUAAAGAGGAUGGCUCGAUACACCACGUCCAGACACAGAAAUGUGUGCAAGCUGUAUCCCAUGUGAAGACUGAUGGUCAUCCAGCACCAGUACUGCGACCUUGCUCAGAUAUCCCAGACCAGAAAUGGUUCUUUCAAAAGAAACACUGAAAUUCAGAGGUUUAUAAAGAACAACAACUUGCACUUAUAUAGUACCCUCCACGUAGGGUAGCGUCUCAGAGCGCUUAUAUAUAUAAAUAUAUAUAUUAUCAACUAGUUCUCACUAGCUACCAGAAGUGCUCCAGUGUGCUUACUAUGAUCAGUAUGAUCUUCCAUGGUGCUUCGGGUAUAUAGAAGUAUUGCAUAAUUUCAAAGAAAAUUUAGUUGAAAAAUAUAGUGGCAACAACUUCAUUUUAAAGUUACGAGACCUUUAUUUUUAUUAAUUCACUACUUUUUAAUUUAAAAACAAAAAAACUUCCAUAUUUAUUGGACAUUAAGGGUCCAGUUUUCAAACACAAUUGGCAGAUUGCUUGGUUCUGUUUAUGUUUACUGAUGCUCAAGUUAUGCCGUAGUUUACAUUGGACUUGUGCAGUUUCAGUAUUGAAUCAGCAUCAAAUGUAUGGUCGUGUUCAGGUGCAGAAAGCAUUCAAUAAGGUCUGUGUCAUAUCUUGCUUUAUAAUAGCCUGCCCAGUGUGACACUGCGCAGUAGUGUCUGGGAUAUGGUUCUGAAGAAGAGAUUGGAGCAGAGGGCAGUGCUACUCCAGUUAUAUAGAGUGCUGGUCAGACCUCAUUUGGAGUAUUGGGCAGUUUUGGGUACCGAAUCAUAGGAAGAUAUCACUAUUCUUAGUCUAUCUACCAGCUUUUGCCUUCCAAAUACAUGGAUGAUAUAUCAAAUAAUCUUAUUAGUAUACCCCUGGAGGGUUCCCAGGAACUAAUUACUGGAUUAAUACCUGGGAUAAAGAGGCUUAGCUGAAGUGAGAGCCUGGGUAGACUUGGGUUAUACUCCUUAGAGCUGAGGAUGUUAAGGGAUCUGAUUGAGGUGUUUAAAAUAAUGAAAGAAUUUGACAAACUAGAUGGUAGUCAACUCUGCUUUUUGGUUGAGGAAUUCAAAACAAGGCGACAUAAUCUUAAACGCAGCUGAAGUUGUAUCAGAAAACAUUCUUCACACUGAGGAAGUGUGCAAAUGUGAAAUGCACUCCUCCAGAGGCCAUAGAGAGAGAAUUCAUUGGGAUGUUUGAAAUGGUGUUAGAUAGGUACCAGGGAAGUAAGGGUAUAAUGGGGUGCUGGAAAAUGGGUUUAUAGACAUAUUGUUAUUGUGGUAUAGUAUCAAUGGGAUGAAUGAUCUCUUGUUCCUAUGUCAUUAUUUUUAAAGAGAAUUGCAUUUUCUCCAGAUGUAUUGGUAAAUUCACCACGUGGCACUUAGUGGGACCAUUCAGACACAAACAGUUUUAAAAACAUCAGUCAUUACAUUUGAUAGUAAUUCCUAUAAAGCACUUUGAGACAUUGCAAUGUGAUAAGUUACCAUACAAGUGCAAUUAUAUUUCUAAGAGAGUGAUUCAUCAACAUAACAUUUUUAUAAUCUAAAGAACUUUACGGACCUAUAAAAAAUAUUUUAAUGUUUGGGCUCUGUAAUUUUGUCGCCUUUUGAUAAAAAUAUUUGUACUUAUUCGUAUUCCUGGAAACCCUGCCUCAUUUUUUAAUUUAUCAUGUUGGCUGAAUGUCUCUGCAGUUAGAUAUCUGUCCUACAGUGUACAUUCAUUUUCGAGGGCUUACAGUUGAAGUUGCCAAGCACAAACAUUCUACUCUGCAACUGGAUUUAAAUAGUUGAGAUGUAACUGCAGAUGUUUACAUUUAAAUGCAAAAAGGGUUUUGCAAAAAAGGUUGCAAACUUUUCUUUCAACAAUGAUGUUCCAAUAAACAUAUUUUAUAAAUUA